AUGGGAUGGCAGGAGCGCAUCGUCUACUUUCGUGAUUUCGCAUACGCGCAUCAGGCACGACGCACCCGCAUGGCUUCGGGCACUGUUGGCGACGUGCCCGCUGCCACUUAUGCAGAGUACGUCCAUCAACCUUCUUUAGACUUUACCAUUGAUGGCUGCGGUGGCGCAUCGGAUUCUUCAUCGGAUGCCGAGUCGUGCGCAUCGGACGAUGCCAAUGCGCCCGAUGAGGCGCGUCUUCAAGUGUCCCAGGCUGUCGCGCGAUGCCUUCCUGUCCGCCCGGGCCUGACACACCGUCUCAAUUCCCACCGUCUCCAUGUGCGAGCCAAAGCUAAGCUACAGCGCGAUAGACUCCUCUCCGGCCGCAUGAUCGACAUAUACGUUGGCGAGGCCAGGCGCCACUGGGCGCUGCACCGCAACCUCCUCUGCCACCACUCCGAGCUGCUCGAGUCGGAACUGCAAGGUCAUGGCAAGAAUAGGCAGGACACCCUCGACCUGCCGGACCACGACCCGGCGGGCUUCGAGCUGCUGGUAAAAUGGCUAUACCAGGGCAAGCUCGACGACGUCUCCGACAUGGCAGACGCGAACCAGAAGUACGACUACGCCGUCAGCUGUCACAAGCUCUAUCUCCUCUGCAACCGCUUCGAUAUGCCGCAGUUGAAGAACGUGGCCAUGGACCAAUAUCGCAAAGGCCUCAACCAAGCCGAGCUGGUCCCCGACGCCGAGGAGAUUGAUGAAAUAUAUCGCAAGAGCCCGGAAGGCUCGCCAUUCAGGCGUCUGAUGACACGCAUCGCUGCGCGACAGAUCAUGGAUCCAGACAGCGACAGGGACGUAGAGACGUAUCGCCAGUGCUUCGAGAACAAUCCCGACUUCGCCGUCGAUCUCGUCAAGGCGAUGAAGUUCGGCACCGGAGGCAUGCUGUUCGAUGACCCGACCGAUACCGGCAAUGAGUGCGAAUAUCACGACCAUGACGACGGCCCCAACUGCCACGUCAAAGGCAAGGGCAAGGGCAAGCAAGGUAAAUAG